AUGACUUCCGAAGUUUUUUUUUUAUUAAUUUCAGCCACAGUGCCAGCCCUCACGUCAGUGUUGAAAGAAGAAAUUAACUAUUGCAGCCCCGACGAGUUCUCCUGCGGCGACGGCUCGUGCGUGAGCUUCAGCGCGUUUUGCGACGGCAAGCGCGACUGCUUCAACGGAGCUGACGAAGCCUGUACUAUUGGAGAAAAUGCGCUGAGUACUGACACAGUCCUGAAUCGAUCAAGAAGACAGCUCUCUAAUUGUCGGAUUAGUCAAUGGCAGUGCAAAGACGGGUCGUGUAUAAAUUUCGACGGUAAAUGCGACGGUAUCGUGGACUGCCCCGACGCGAGCGAUGAGACGCACGCCCUCUGCAGGGAGCGACAAUGUCAGUACAACUGGUUCCGCUGCACGUACGGCGCGUGCGUGGACGGCACCGCGCCCUGCAACGGCGUGCAGGACUGCGCCGACAACUCCGACGAGCUUCUGCCGCGCUGCAGGAACGAGACCGAGGAGAUCAGGGGUCAGUUCAAAUGUCUCGACGGGCGUUUCAUAGCAGCAUACAAACAUUGCGACGGUGUGGCGGACUGUGCAGACGGGUCCGAUGAGACCCUCAGAUCCUGCGCGGGGAAGACCUGCCUGUCCUAUUUGUUCCAGUGCGCGUACGGAGCGUGCGUGGACAAAGACUCUGACUGCAAUGGCAUUCGCGAAUGCGUUGAUGGCUCCGACGAAGCGGAUGACCUUUGCGCUGACAGAAAUACAAGCGUCCAACCGGUUAAGGAAGGCGCAUGCGUGCUACCAGAGUACCCCGAGCACGGCGGAUACGUAGUUUCCGGUAUGAAGAACGCGAAACCAGGAAUGAGCUUUGAGUUUGUAUCGCUGAACUACACCUGCAACAAGGGCUACGGGAUCCUGGGCAGGAAUGACGUCACUUGCACCAACGGCUGGUGGAAUUUCACUCCACUACCGAAAUGUACACGUUUCUGCCAUCUGAAGGAACACGUGAGCGUGGAAUACAAAUGCGUACUCUCAGGAAGCAGUCAAGGGUUCAGAACCUGCAACGAAUACGAACCGGAUGGCACCCUGGUGCAGCCGGAGUGUCGCAAGCCCAACUACUACUCCGAGACCACAUUUCGCUACAUGAGUUGUAUUGGGGCCGUUGGAGCCUGGAAUUACGUCGCCAAGUGCAUACCAGAGUGUGGCACCGUGACACCAAAUGGCACAGAGUUGGUGCUUGGCGGGGAGAGAGCUCAGUUCGGCGAGCUGCCCUGGCAAGCUGGCAUCUACACGAAGAACACGAGACCGUACAUGCAGAUCUGCGGUGGGGCACUCAUCAGCAGCACCGUCGUCUUAUCAGCGGCUCACUGUUUCUGGGUGAACGAUGCAGUAACACCUAAAGAGGAGUACGCCGUAGCUCUUGGCAAGCUUUACAGACCCUGGCAACCAAAAAUGGUUGUUGAGAAGGACCAGAAAUCGGAAAUAAGGGACAUACAUAUAUCACCAUAUUUUUUAGGUAGAACUAAUAACUACCAAAACGACAUAGCCGUUGUUAUUCUAGAAACUACGAUCGUCUACAAACCCCACAUCCGGCCAGUAUGUUUGAAUUUUGACAUCCAAUUCGAAAAGGAGCAACUUUACGUUGGUAGUUUGGGAAAGGUCGCGGGAUGGGGUAUCAAAGACGAGGCCGGAAAUCCAUCACAAGUGCUGAAAGUGGUGAAGUUACCUUACGUUGAUGUGUUGCAAUGCAUCAGCCAAUCGCCACAAGCCUUCCGACCUUACAUCACAGGCGACAAAAUUUGCGCAGGAUUCGCUAAUGGCACUGGUCUAUGCAAGGGUGACAGUGGCGGCGGCCUGUCUUUCCCCGCUGUUAACAGAUUGACAGAGCGGUACUAUCUCAGGGGCAUUGUGUCUACCGCACACACCUCCAACGAAGCUUGCAACGCCUUCGCACUGACCACAUUCACAAAUAUAUUGUCUCACGAACAUUUUAUAAAAAGAUUUUGGACCGACGAGUAUUAAAUAAGUACAUUAGAAUGAUUCAGGUAACUGCGUAUUGCGAGUAAAAUAAAUGAUUGACUAUUUAUUGUGAUGGGGAAUAUAAAAAUAGGUAUGUACUUACAUAUUACUUCUGAAAACUAUAAAUAAUCAAAAUAUAAAAUGCUCGCUACAUCAGUAAAACAAUUUCUAUAUAAAUAAGUAAUCCAAAUUUUACAUACAUGAUCGUCUCGGUGCGUAGGUAGUGUUUAUUUGUCUAUUUCUGAACCCAAGCAACGUGCCAUAGUUCUUGUCGUCAAUAUAUUUAUUGUCAUUUGUUUCAUGUUAAGCACAGAGCAUUGUUUUAAAAAUUCUAGAUGGCCAUGGCACUUACCUGGUCCUGUCCGACUACUUAUAUACCGCCAUUUUCAAUAAUGAUUUCAAUCAUUAUUUUCGAUCUAGCUCGAAAAUGGACGAUUAAGAACAAAGUUCUAUUUGACAUGCAUACAAAUAGGUUAUUUUGAUUGGUUCAUUUUCGGAAUCAGAUUGAAGGUUGUGAUUGAGUUCUUUUGAAAACAGUUGUCAGUUAUGUUCUCCCAAGAAUGCCAAUAUCUGUUUAAUACUAGAAGACAUCCUUUGAAUAAGAAAUAUUAUGUGUGAAUAUUAUUAUGUACACCUGAAUUUAUUUUUAGGCUGUAUAUCGACUGAACAAAAUUGAAUUAUCUAUUUUUAUGUUUUGUGAUCAAAGUAAAGGGAUAUUUUGAAUGUUGAAAAAUCGCGUACAUAAUGCGUGAGUGAUGUCUUACAUACAAUUAUAAAUAUUGACAGUCAAAUCGUGGUUAAAAAUAAUUUAUAUGAUAGGAAAAUAAUAACAACCUUAAUCCAUUUAGAGCCUCAAUUAGACUGAGCAAUAUUGUUGCGGCAAGUAUUUUGAGGCGAGUUGCGGGCAGGAAGUGCCUUACUAUUGUGUUCAAACGCAACUCUUUUAUGUCUGCAAGAAUCACACGUGCACGGUGACAAAUUGCUCCGUCUAUUAACACUUGAGCAAAGUUUACUAAAUCAUUUUCCGUAGGAAUUAUUUAACAUUAUUUAAGAUGUUAAUGUUAUUGGAAAACAAUGAUUUAACUAUAUUAUUUGCUCAAUUAGUUAUAGUUGUUUUUAUUAAUAUUCAUAGAGCAUUUUUAUAUUAAUUCCAUUUUAAGCAAAGUUUAGAUUACUUGUCAAGAAAACUUGCAGAAGUUAACUUCCACAAGUAAUUUUCAUCGAAGCUGAAUUAUGCAAAUGUUGAAGUUUCGACUUGCAGAAAGUCGCAUGUGUAGAGAAAUCUUGAAAUAUAGCUGUUUACUAAAUCAUUUUCCGUAGGAAUUAUUUAACAUUAUUUAAGAUGUUAAUGUUAUUGGAAAACAAUGAUUUAACUAUAUUAUUUGCUCAAUUAGUUAUAGUUGUUUUUAUUAAUAUUCAUAGAGCAUUUAUAUUAAUCCCAUUUUAAGCAAAGUUUAGAUUACUUGUCAAGAAAACUUGCAGAAGUUAACUUCCACAAGCAAUUUUCAUCGAAGCUGAAUUAUGCAAAUGUUGAAGUUUCGACUUGCAGAAAGUCGCAUGUAUAUAGAACUUGAAAAAUUGCUGUUAGGAUAAACGUAUAUGGAAGUUCUUGCGCAAUGUAUUCAUUGGCGGAGCUCGGAAUAGGGGACCGGCCUAUGCUUGAUUUUGUACAUUAUUCUACAUGUAAUGAGUAAUAACACGAAAAAGAAGCACUCCUGCGAAAACUGCAUAAAAAAUGGUUAAAAAAUAACCGAGUAAUUCAUAUUUAAAAUAUUGUAAUGUGCAGAAGUGGGCGCGAUGUGGGGAUAUCGCUUCAGCACUUUCUUUCACACGCGUCGUAAUUCCCGAUGACGUCACGUGUGGGUAUUUCGUCUCUUUUCUGUUUCUUCUUAAUUACCCCUUCUUCCGAAAUUCAAAGACUUAUAACUUGUAAAUUUUUUACCGGAUUUUAAGUAAUUCCUUUUGUGUUAUAAUUUAUAUUAUGUAAAUAUUUGAUAAUAGUAAAGAACAAAAAUGAGUCCGGUACCCUAUUGUCUAAGAAGGGAAGGGCGGCUGGUGGGCGCAAAAAAGAUCUCGCCGAAUUCAAAACGGCUUUUUCUAGUCGGGGCAUAGACGUUUAGAUGCAGUGUACAGACCAACCUUAACUGAGUAAACAAAAAUAGCGAAACUAUUUUACUCCCAUGAAUAUACACCGUGAUUUUAUAUUCGAUUUGAAACCGAAAAUGUUAAAUUCUGUAUUUAUUUAUUUAUUUAUUUUAUUAUAGAGUUUAAAAAAAAUACAAAUGUAACAAAAUUAAAAUAUUUUUUGUUAACAUUAAAAUUACUGUUUACGAAUAAUAUGAGAAAUCGUGGUAAUGCAGCUAAAUCUCACGUACUACUACAAUCACUACGAUCAGUGCCAUUUAUAACUAUGAAUUGUCGCGACGUUACUAUCACUAUCAAACUAGAAUGAAAAAUAAUAUUAUCAAAAACUAUUUUCUUUAAUUAUCAACAGUAUAAUUAACUCACAAUUUUUUUUUGGACCUAUAAAUUGUUCUAAGUAACCAGUAACCACAUUUUGGUUCCAAGACGACUACAAAAUCACGGUGUAUUAUUGUUGCAAGAAUUUCCUAGCCUAGCGUUACAAGCAAGUCGAUCUGCAAUUAUUAUGACCUACUAACUACAUUUUGUGAUAAUAAGAUAAUUGCGAGGUGUAUCUUCUAUAAUAUUUAUAAUGUCUACAAGUCUUGUUGAAUAUUGAUAAAUACUCUAAUUAUUAAUGACGUUAAUUGUUUUAUACCUUCCUCAUUAAUUUAAAUAUUUUUGUAAGAAUCAAAACUCUCAUGAUUACUCAUUAAUUAAACGAAUUAUUAAUUUAGGUAGGCAUAUGACAUCCGCUUUAUUUUUAUUCCUUUUGUAUACAACGUAAAAAAACUGUUUAGUUUAGUCUAGUAUUGUCCGUUUAGUUUUUCUAAAACCAUAGUCAUAUUAAUGUGAGAAAUAUUUUUUGUUUAAAAUAAUGCUUAUAGUUAAAUAAAAUUUUAUGUUUACCACACUAGUGCCAAUCCUGAUUAUAAAAAAAAAAAAAAAAAAAAAACAUUUUACAAAAAAAUGCGAGUCUGAGAAAAUAUUCAACAUCCAUUCUUGCAUAUUGUUAUACAAAAUACUAGUUUAAAUGUUCCGCAUCUACGAGGCGUCGUGCAACAGCUCAAUUUUUACCAUUUUACUAUUUUUUAUAUCUGUUGUUUUGAUACAUUAUGCCAAUUUCAAGUUAGGUAUUCGAUUUAGAAAAAAAAUCGAGAUAGAUUUAAGUAAAGCGGGUUUUUAAAUAUACGUAAAAAUGUUUACGUUAAACUAAUAGAAUAAAAUGAAGAUAAUUUAAUUUAAUCUGAAAAUGUCACUCCGCUAUAUGUGUUAACUAAAGCUGACGCGUUCACAGUACCCAACCUAAUACAAAUAAACACGGUGUGUUUAAAAAAAAUCAUAUUAUUGUCAUACAUUAAUGCGAACAAAACAACAUCUAAUAAUACGUUAUAAAACAAAGUCUCCAAAAGCUUUGUCUGUAUGUGACCGAUUAUCUGAAAAUCUACUGAACGGUUUUUCGUAAGAUUUUUACUAGAAGAUAGUGCAAUUCUUGAUCAAGAUUUAGGUUAAUAAUACAUAACGGUUUUAUGUAAAUUGACUGAAUUAUAACGAUUACUGUUGAAGUGGUUGCAUGGUUGUAAAAAAUCUCGUGGCUCGGGAUUUAAGCGGGAAAAACUUUGACACACUCAUGUUCACGCGGGCGAAGCCGCAGGCACAUCUAGUCACUCGUAUAUUUUUGACUAUUGAUCAUUGCAUUGCCAUGACGACCGAUAUAUGUUUAUCCACAAAAUACUACACACGCGUAAUGUGAAUGUGCUACGCGCCAGCUUUGGAUUUCUUUAGAUUUAAAUAGGUUUUUAGAUAGAUUCGUUGUCUUCCAAUAAAUAUAUUGUAAAACGCUCUUUUUACAGUAAACAUUAUAUUAGCAAAAUAAUUACAGAAUACAAUUUUAGACAUUCUUUUUGACAACGUCCAACCAGAGAGAAUAAUAAUAGAAUAGUCACCGCGUGACAUAUCUUCUCUUCUGCCAGCCUGCGCGCGCAGCCGAAUACUUCCGGAAACGCCCGAUGUCAUCGGCUAGGCUAGCGGCGCGUAACAAUAUAUACAAACAUCUAAGAACUGAACAAUUAAGGUUGUGAUGUUAGUAAGUUUUUUACUAUUUAAUAAUAAAUUAAGAUAUUUUGUAAAAAAUAUUAAACAGUACAUACCAUAUCUAUUGGACAAGUGAAUAACAUUAAGAAUAAGGAAGUUGUAGGUACCUAUAUAUUCUUUUAUGAAUGGACAACGAUGUUUUAAAUAAAACGCAUUUUUACUUUACAAAUAUAAUAUUUAAACCUAA